AUGGAUUAAGAAAUAGAAUUACCAAAUUUAUAGUUUUAUAAUUUAUAUGAAGAUGAUGAUGAAGAUUAUAAUGAAGAUCUAAAUGAAUCAUUCUCAAAUAUGACAAUUACUCAACAAAUCAUUCUCAACCUAUUUCAUCUUCAUAAAAUACCAAUAUUUUAGUGA